UUAUUCAUAAAGCUUUAUUCUUUGAUAAUCGAUAUUUAGAUAUAAUAUUUUUUUUAUCGUUUUUAGAUAAUGUUUAUUCUAAAUGAACGACGAAAAGACCAUGUAUGCUGGUGUAUGCGCUGCUGCACCGGAUCGAUUUAGAAUGCGCAAAUCGUAGAGAACCUAAUUUUCAAAUAAUCGGAAGUAUGUGAAUGAUGUUUGUAGAAAAAAUUUGAAAUGAUAAAAGUGUGCAGUUUGCGAAUUUUUUUAAGCUCCCAAUAUUAAUAAUAAAACUCGAUUAAGUAAAUGGAUUAUUAGAAGGAAGAAUGCACGCUUCGUUUUGGUUUAAUGAGCGUGCCAUUAGGCAGAUAUUAGGGUUUCUCUGACAGAGUUUUAGUACGAUUGAAAAUAUGACAGAGUUUAAUAAUAUCAAUGCCUGGGCAAUAUUUGGACUAAUACAAAGAAUUAGGAGCAAUGAAUCGUAAAAUUUAUUAUCAAUCAAUUCUGUACAACGCUUCUACUUAAAGAAUCAAUAAUCAAAGGAGGUUCAUUAGGAAGAUCCUGAGGAACAUGUUCUUCUUAUAUACAGGGUGACUCACUUAUACAUGCCUAUCGACAGAAAUAAUGUAACCAAUGCUGGGAACAACCAAUUAAUAUUGUCUAAUACAGUUGCAAGUGGUACAAACAGAAGUAUUUUAGAUUUAUCCGAAUUCAGUGAUGCUGAACUGGCAGGUUAUAGAUUACGUUGUGGAGUUUGGAUUACAUUUGUAUUGGCAACAGGAUUUGUUGUAGCAGCAAAAUUUUCUUUUGGCCAUGAGGGCCCAGGUUUGGAAAUAUUUAUAUUUUGUGGUCUAUUGACGCUUCUGCUACUUGCAUGUCUGUAUUCCAUUCUUUGUCGUCGUACUCACGAGAAUAGUCAUCAAGAAAAUCAUAUUCAAGAGAAUCAGAUUGCAUCGUUAAAUAAUGCGAGUUUAUCUACUACUGAAAAUUUAAGACCCAUACCAGUUAUCAGACAACAUCCACCACCGCCGUACCAUAUAGCUAUUUUAAUUCCACCACCUGAUUCUUCAGACGAAGCUGCUCCACCUUCAUACGACAAAGUUAUCCGGUGAAAAUGCUAAUAUUGAAUCAAUAAGGAUAUAUAUUAUAAAUCUUACUUAAUUUUUAAUACCUUUGCGAUAGUUUCAUGUCAUAAAAAAAACAAAGUAUGAUAAUAUAGAGUUUGAAUCCAAAUAUAUUCUUAAUCUGCUAUAAAAUGCAUUCAUUUGAAAUUCUUAUAAGUAAUAAACUAUCUUAUCUCUCUCCACAUUAAUAAAGAAUAAAUAAUAUCGAUAAUUGGAUAAAUUUCACAACUGUGAUACAAAUAUAGUGAUGCAAUGAAAAUAUCAAACUUGAUAAUAUCUGAUGACUCAAAAAAAAAUACAAUAAGAUUUUAGUGGAGAUAUUUCAGUAAAAAAUUAGAUAAGAUAUAUAUAUAUAUACGUUUGC